GUAACGAGUCAGAGUUUUUUGCCAAGUUUUAUCAAACUGAAGGCAGAAGAAGCGUGGACAAGCUAAAGCAGUUGUCGUAGGUGUUUUUUUUAGAAGAUCUUUACUUGUUGGUUGAAUGAUCAUCUCGUCAAGACCUCCAGUUUUUUCAAAGAAUUUUUCUCAUUUGCGUUCACACCAUCACUCACUUUCGGUUUUUCCUGACAAGUUGCCCCCUUCCUUGUACAGUCAGACUGUAGCAUAAUCAUCUGCCGUGCCAGCCAAGAAAAUAAUGUGCUGCAGUUGAAGAUGGGGGGUAGUGGCUCCAAAUCCAGAGGAUUUUGGUCUUUUUCUGGCUCAGGUAGCGGAGACGAUUUAGCCAAAGAUGGAAAUGAGCAGACGCUGGCGAGAGCUCGGAGCUUCCCAGGCGCAACACCCUUUGUGUUUACCAGACGAAGCUCUAUGUUCUUUGAUGAGGACGGGGACUUGGCUCACGAGUUUUAUGAAGAAACCAUCGUGACGAAAAAUGGACGUAAAAAAGCAAAGCUGAAAAAGAUUCAAAAAAACUUAACACCUCAGGGAACUAUAAAGCUGGACCACCCGUGCAUCCAUGUAGAUUUCCCAGUUAUACUCUGUGAAACCUGAUGACUCGGAGCCUCAUCAGACACUGUGCCACUGUGUCAACUCCGUCCUGUGGUUUCCCCUGCAGAUGCAAGCCCGAACCACCUUCAAAACCAAACAGAAGGUCUCUUGAUGUGUCUGCUUACAGGCGGAUGCGUUGUGUAUGAUGUGAGACACAGGAUGGAUCCUCAGUGGAGAUGCAAAGGGCCCGCCAAACUGUCCAAAUCCUCUUGGUUUAAAGUGUGCAUGCCCGAGUGAAUGUGUCCAGACACUAAAUGAAACUUUUACUUUUUUUUUUUUUCUUUUUGUUUUAAAUUGUUAGGAUUUGUUGAGCUUAAGAGUCAACGAUGCAUCUAUCCAGUGCUGGUUUGUCAAACCAAGGGAAAAAAACAAAAAAUCGUAUGUUUGUGGUCACUACUUUGACCUGUUUUAAUAUGCAUGGAACAAGAUCAGCUUGUGAACAGUAGCAUAUGGAGUUGACAAUCAGUGGCCUGCAAACAAUUCAAAUAAUGCCAUAUUGUUAAGUUGGAAGGACUUGCUUCAGUGGCUUCUGAGCUGCACAUGUACACAAAGGUAAUGAACUUUCUUUGGAGUUGUUUUUUUUCUGCUUUGGCAUCGAUUGUUUCAUGUGUAAUUUAUUAAAAAAUUUUAAAUUACAAACUAAAA